AGGUGAUAUUCCUUUGGAAACUGUAAUACACUGCUUGGAAAAUAUGUCUAAUGAUUGAGGUUUAUUAUAAGAUUAAUAUGUGGUCUUCUGAUCAAACAGUAUUGGGGCAAUGAGACUUAAAAACGUAUGCGUUAACUUCAGAAAUUACUGUGAAGCUCAGAACGUAGAAGGGUAAGUUCUGUUCUGCUCCUAAAUUUUCUUGCUGGUUUUUUUUAUUUUCAUUUUUUUUUUCAAAUUUCGCUUUGUCAAGAUUUGAAAACUUAUUCAUUCUUUUAUUAAACAUAUACAUGUAUUCGAAAUGUGCCCUCUUUGGUGUUUUUCUUGAUAUAUUUUCUAUUAGUUGAUGAAAAACUUUAAGAAAGGUAUACAGGUAAUAAUAAUCUAUGGUUGAAAAUUGUUGCAAUACAAUUUAUAUAUUUAUAUUACUUGAGAAGAUGACUAAAUUGGUAAUUAAUUUAUUUGAUUCAAAUAUGGAACAAUUUUUAUUGUAUGAUUUCCUUACACAGCAUAUUUAUAUUUGGUAUAGUAUCUGCUUGAAAAUAAAUUGUAUGACUUCGACAAGAUUAAAAAAGGUGUGGCGGUACUGGGAAGUAAAUACUAAAGUAUAGUAUUGGAUUGGAUGCUUAUCCAAAAAUCAAUUGGAUAUUUGUAUCCCCCAUCACUCUUAUCCUAAAAAUUGUACAUAAUAUAUUAAAUCAUGAGAGAAACAUCCCCAUACAAAUAUAAAUGCAUAGUAAGAACAAGCUUUGACCCUGAGAAAUAAUAUUUAUGUCUCAUCUAAAGAGGAUGAUGUUGAAGAGUAGUUAGAAUAUUGGCAUGUGAAAAUGAACAUACAUGUGAUGUUCCUCCUAAGCUCAGUUUUCCAUUAUGAUGAUUAUGUGAAGAAAAGUGGUAUAGUUUUUUGUUGAUGAUAUUGUAAACCCAACACUAUUAUAUAUAAUGGACUAUUUGUCAUGCAUAAUAAUCUCAUUCUUCUCACUUGUUUGGUUAAGUAAUUAACACUUAUUCCUUGUUUGGCUGCUUCAUUUCAAUGCAACCUCCAUGUGCAAUAUUAGUAUAUGCUACCGGAUUCCUUGUGUAUAUUCCACACAGAUUGGUUUGCCCAAAUGGGGAAUGAACUCAACUCCAACUCUCUAAUCACUCUAUCUAUCUAUCUAUAUAUAUCUAUUAUGUAGUUAUAUGUUUUCUGAAAAAAAAAAAAUGGGAUUUAGAAUAUCUAAAUAUAUUUUGACAAUGCAUUACACCAUCAUCAUCCACGCCCUCUCUAUUUAUUGUCAUUAAUCAGCAAUUAAAGUCUACAUAAAUAAAACAUGAAAAAUGGCAUUUCCCUUGCGUAUAGUAAGAGCCAUUAUUUGGUUUUUGUCUUUUGUGACCGAUGUGAUAUCCCACCACAAUUUUUUAAACAUUGGUAUAUAUGGUAGGUACAUAGGGUUGCCAAAUUAUUUAUGUAUACAUAUUAUAUAUUCAUACAUGUGUGCAUGAAAUGGAGGGCCUGUUUCACCCUUUCAAUUCUACUUUGUUUUUAUAUUUAUAUUUAUAUGGUUUAUAAAUGUAAUAUCACACCAUAUGUUGAUUUGCAUACUCUAGUGGGCCCCGCCCAUUUAAUGGAAAUGAUAGUAUCAUUACCAUUCACCAUAUCUAUCUAUCUUAUACAAAAGGACCAGCUCAUGUGGAAUGAUUCCAUUGUAUGGGCUGGUGGGUACCAUAUUAGGAUGUCCUCUUUCUAUUGUUGAAAAAGAACUAUGAAGAGCUAUGCAAAGAAAAAUUUAGAGUCAAUAUUUUCUUUUAUUGAAAUUCUAAUGUGCACCCCACGAUGUACCAAUUUUGUAUUUUCACUCCAGAGUUUUCUUUAAAUGCUUUUGCUUUUGCUGUACUGAGUUUUGUUCUCCCUGUCAUUGAAUGAGUUGAGUUGACUGAAAUUCUAAUUUAAUUUAAUUACAACAGAUGAUGAGAGAAAGGUGAAGUUUCUGAAAAGCUUUCAAGGAGCUAAGACAAGAUGACAAAGCAAAAGGAUGCAAAUAAGCCAAAAGGACGAGGCAGGACAAAAAAGAAUGACAUCAACAAUCUGAAAGCUCAAGGACGCAAGACAAAACUAGAGUGGAAUGAGAAAGGAGAACCUAUAGGAACAGCAUAUGCAGAUAUGCAAUCAUGGAUUGGGGUUAAAGCAAGAUCUACAGUCCCUCUAACUUAUGAUGAUUGGAGACAUGUAGAUUCGAAACUCAAGGAGAAAAUAUGGAAAGACACAUACGAUGCUUUCGAGCUUCCAGAAACGUAUAAGCCUAAACUACUAUCAGAUGCGGGGAAAAUGAUGAAAAGUUUCAAGAAGCUCCUGACCCGGACGAUUAUCCUCCCGAUUGCUAAAAGUGGUAGGAUAGAAGAACUUCGUGCUACUCCAGAGAAGUAUCCAGAACUUAACAAUAAAGACUGGAAUGAAUUUGUUCUAACUCGUCUUACCCCUGAAUUUCUGGCUUUGAGUGAAGCGCAAGUCGCCAGAGCCAGGAUGAAUCUAUCUCAUCAUCGUUCAUCUCGUAGAGGCAUGCCCAACGUCGAACAAGAUUUGAAAAAAGAACUCGGUGUUGACAAUGUUGAGAGAUACCAACUCUGGAUGAGAGCACGGACAAAGAACAAUAUUUUGAUCGCAGAAUAUGACAAGGAAAUUGAGCAGAAAAUAAAUGAAUUAAAAGAGAAAGUUAGUACUGGUGAAAUCGAAGCUAAGGGUCGGAAUGAUAUCUUAACGCAAGCUUUAGGCAUACCUAAGCACCCAGUCGUGUCAUUUGCCAAGAUUUCUACCGUGUUUGGUAGAACUCAAAGAAAGAAAAGAGUUGAGGUCAAUGUCGAUAGUGAACAUGUCGCUGAAAUCAAAAGAUUAAAAGCUGAAAUUGAAAGGCUAAAAGCAGAAAAAAAAUGCACAAACAGAAGAGCUUCAAGCCUUAGACAAUGA